GUGCGAGAAGACAAAUUCUAAACAGAGAAGGAAACAACUCAUACUGGUGGACUAACUCUGCAAACCCAAACUGAACAGCUCAGAACAUGUGUAAGGGAUUAGCUGCCCUGCCCCAGACAUGUCUGGAAAGGGCUAAAGAGAUCAAGACUAAAUUGGGAACUCUGCUUCAGAAGCCAGAGAAUUCCAUCGACCUUAUCAUCCCCUACCAUGAAAAGCCUGAGAAGAAACCAGAGAAGCUUCAGAAACCCACAACUGAAGAAGCAGCUCAAUGGCGCGAGUCCCUCGAUAAGGUCCUCUCCAACAGCUAUGGUCUGGCCACCUUUAAGAGCUUCCUGAGAUCUGAGUUCAGUGAUGAAAAUAUUGAGUUCUGGGAGGCUUGCGAGGAUUUAAAAAAGACCCCCCUGAAAAUGGCCAGUAAAGCUAAGAAGAUUUAUGAGGACUUCAUUCAGACCGGUGGACCUAAAGAGGUGAACAUCGACCACUUCACCAAAGAUGUGACUCUGAGGAACUUGGUUGAUCUUUCUCCUGCUACCUUCGAGCUGGCUCAGAGCCGCAUCUACACCCUGAUGGAGAAAGACUCCUUUGGCCGCUUCCUGAGGUCUGAGCAAUAUCAGGAACUUAUUAAGUAAACUGACUCACCAGCUGCAGGGAGAUACAAGAGAAAAGAUCAACCUCACACAAAAAAAUAUUUGACAUUCAAUCGUUCAAGUCAAGGCAAUUUUCUGAACCUCAAUUUGCAUCAGAACAGUAACUAUUUAUUUGCUGAAAUUGGAAAAUAUUUAAAAAGUGUUGCAUAGCCUCCCUGCAGCUGAUAAAGAUAUCUUUGCGACAUGAAAAGACGUCAGCAUAAAUUGCCCAGUGCUCCAGAUGACCGAAUGUCAAAGUAAAAAUCAUAAAAUAAAUGAACGAUCGGGGAUUAAGAGUCAAAACAUAUCACUCCUCAUAUUUUUUGUGUGAUUUGACUUAAGUUUAAAAAAAUGUGAAGUGCAUAAUUGUAAUUAUUUAAAGACCUCCUCAAAAUUGUGUAUACAUGUCCAUCAUUUGGAGUUCUACUCUUUGCUGACCCCUAAAUAAAACUUUCAGACUAAUCCCCACUUGUAAUUCAUGGCUUUUCAGGAAAGUGCUGAAGUGGCUUGAGUACUUUCAAUGAGCAUGUUCCAACCUGAUUUUUUGUAGUUUUUGUCCUUUUGGUAAAACCUUUGAAUGUGUCGUUCCUUUGAAAUGCAGGGAGUGGGCUAGGGGAUGGGAAAGGAACAGUGGGCUUUCUCUUGGAAAUAUCUAUGUUAAUAUUAAAAUGUCCAAAUGGUAAACAGAAGCUCAAACGGCUUAAGAAUGAACUAAGUAUAGAAAGCUCCACUAUAUGUCAAUGUUAGAGCAAACAAGUGACAUGUUAGAAAGAAUACUUACGUAAAGUAAGUUUGCUUACUGCUAUUGAACGUUGCUAAGAUUGGAAGAUCAAGUAGGAGGAUCUUUAAAGCACUGGGCACAAUAUGUAGUAUCUAUUCUAAAUGUUUAUUCCCAUGAACAUAAAAAUAUAAGGUCAUGGAAACCCAAAACUCCUAAACAAUUUUUUUGAUAUAAUACACACAUCAUUAGUGCUAUUAACUAUUAUAGUCUAGACAUCAAUGAUUGUACGAUACUUUAAGUAAAGUGUUAUUGCGGUUAACAUCUGUUAUUUUGCCUUUAGCAUGCAGCUAUUAGAUUGCGGUCAUAUGUUUUGAGAAGUAUGCAAGUUAUGAUGCCUGAAAGGUAUAACAAUUGUAACUCACAAGUGUGAUUCAGUAUACUUUUGCAUGUUUUUCAUAGAUUUAACACAGGUAGCCUUGCAUAUUUCUUUACAUUUAUAUUAUACUGUGUGUAUGACUAAACAUAAGCUGUUGUAGGUGCCUCCAGAAGUCCUUACUGAUGGCCCACAAAGACAAUUCUUGUAGUUCACUGCAGGACAGGAGUAGAUGGAUAUGGCAAAUGGACAUCACAAUAAAAAAAUCGGACAAAAAAAGAUAAAAAAA